UCUUCCUAAUAUGGUCGUUUCUGAAGAAUCAGGUCAGCUGCAGAUGAACCUCCAAAUUUUUUGUUGUCUCUUUCUUCUUCUUCGCCUCUUUUCCUUCCCCAAAACUCGCGCCCUACACAGAAAAGGCGCGUGCUUUGGUACUCCCACUUCUGCUGUUCCACCCAAUAAUUCCCUCCGAUCCAAUUUCCAACAGAACAACAAGAACCCGUUACUCUCCCCAAUUCCUUCUGCUUCGAUCAAACCCUAUCGCUAUGCCCUCCAAUCUCAGUUCGCUGCAAUAACCCGGACGCAAAAUCCUCUUGCCGCAUCACAUAGUUUCAUUUAUUGUUUCCGUUUCCAAAAGAAGGAACUUCUUUCCCCCAAAUUUCGUAUAGCUGGGGUCAUUGUUGUUUAUGAGGGUUUCCCCUCAGCAGUAGUUGAAGGGGCACUGGAAAACUGUGGCCAUAGGAUAAUAACAAAUUAACAAGUAUUUGAUGGAGGAUUUAGGUGGUACCCG